CUUAUUGCCAACGCGGAAAAAAACAAACAACAAAUUGUAUUCAUUAAAAACAUAAAUACUCGAGUUAAAUUAGUUAAAUUAGAUACAAUUAAUUACAUUUCCUAACAAUGACGUGUGGAUCAUGUCGUGGUCACAAGGAGAAGAGUGUAAAGUGCCUUAUAGCCGCUCUGGACACGAUCAAAGAGCACGCCCUAAUGAUGCAGCGGGAGUCGGAGGAGAGUGCCAGGACCAUAGAGCACCUAAGGGCCCACAAUGACAAGCUGCACAAGGCCUUGGACUUGUUGAAGGAGCGCCAGGCGACCAUGGUUCAGGCGGAGAAGCGCCGGAAGCUGUCGCCCAAAAGGAUCAAGGAAGACAUAUCCCCGCAGCCGCAAAGCCAGAACUCCCUGAACAUGAACAUUGCCAUCAGUAGCAUCGAUCUCUCCGACGAGGAUCAGGAAAUGGAGGAGGACGAGAGCAUUGCGGAAACGGAGGUCACCGCCCAAAGCCCGCGCAAAUUGAGGAUUCCAAGCCGAAAGCAGGACGUCCGGAAUCGGGAGAAUGUGCAGCCAAAUCAGGUUUCUUCAGUGGCCAAUAGUUGGAUCCGUAAGACGCCCAAGAACCCGGCGGCAGUCCUCACCAAAUUGUCCCUUACACACAAAAGUAGUAGCUCGCAUUUAAAACAAACUCGCCUCAAGUUCGAAGCAAAUAAAACGAGCAAUAGCGAAAAGGAUGUCAUAGAGGAAAGCCCCAAUUUAAGCGCCAGCCUCAAAAGAUCUCGCCCUCAACGGUCUCUAAUGCAGAGCUUGCAGAACAGACAGCGCGAGCGUUUCAAACGCAGACGACUCGCCUUCUACCAGCAGCAGUAGCAUUAUCAAGAUCCCCAAGGCUAGUUUCGACAUGGACUUGGACGACUUGGAGUGCUCAGAGCUUCCCGUAAUGCCGCCACCGGUCACACCUCCAGGUCUGCGAAU